CUUGAUCGUGGGAAUUUAGUGACCAUGAACAAACUACCAAAACUCAUCUACUGUCCUCGAUAUUCGGAUCGCCGAAUGUUAGAGCUCAGCAGAACCGAUGUCCUAAAACCACCUAAACCGAAGCCAGUGUUCUGGGCUUCUGCGCCCCCUGAUCGUAAAACAUUCAAACCAGCACACAGGACUGUCGGACGAGAAGAAAAUGUUCCUACAUCCCGUGCUAACAUAGAGCAAGGCCAGCUUGGAAAAUCUGAAAAGUCUCAAGACAGCAACAAUCACAGGUCGUCUGCGUCUACUGCAAGACUUCCUCGCAGGACAAAAGACUAUAAAAAGGACCUGGAAUCAGCCUUCACGCUAAUCAAUACGAUGAGAAAGGACGAUCUGGAGAAGUACUGCAGACUGCUCGAGGAGAGGAACCAUCAGCUCGCCAAGGACAUUAAGGAUGCAGAUAGACGUUCUUUUUACCGUGAAAGGGAAUUGCUUAGUCAAUCUGAAAAACAGAAUUUGAUAAUCAGUCGUGUACAUUGGAUUGACAGACAGGCCAAAGCUGAGCUGAAGGAGACGAUUGUGGAGGCAGAGAAGCGACUCUCUGGUCUUCAGACGCAGCUGGGAGUUGCAAAAGCCAGUGUUCAGAAUGCUCAGUCUGAACUUCAUAAACUAAAAAACUCCAAAGCCUGUUUAGCCCUGCGGAUCACUAAACUGCAGGAAGAGCUGACUACACUAGAACAGCAACAGCAGGAUGUGCACAAAGAACUAGAGCGACGGGUCAACUUAAAACAACAGAAAAUGCUGUCUGACAUUGCCAAAGAAAACCUGUCCUUAAUUCCUCCAGCUGUAAAACACCUGGCUUUAAACAACCAAAUUGUAAGGACAGAAAUCCAUAAACACAAACAGGAAAUAAUGGAACUGGAGGAAAAAAACAGGCAUCUACGUAAGAGCAUCCGAGAACUUCAGCAGACAAAGACGAACCUCAGAAGGAAUGUGCUUCAGUCUUUCCUGAAGCGUGACAAAUGUACUCCAGAUAUGAGCGUUCACCUCACAAUACCAAGGGAAGACUUUCCGCUAAUAUAAGGACACAAGAACACCAAGAGGACGUCCUGACCAAACUACUGAUGUUUACACAUUCCUGUAAAUAACAUGUUUUAAAUAAAGGCAUCAAAUCAAA